CGAGCCUCCUUCAACCGCCCUCUCCACCGUCACCGCCGCCGUUCCCCCAAAUUCCCCACCGCCAAAGUCACCUGAAACGUCCUCACUUUCCUCCGCCAGCUCCCUACGAUCAAAAUGAGUGGUGACGAUAACGAUAACGAGAGUAAUUAUGCCUAUGGCAAGAGGACUCUGGCGCCGCACUUAUUGAAGGAGAAAGACUAUUCGGCAUUGGAGGAGCUGUUUCGCCACCACAUCGAGUCUUUCGACCAUAUGGUUGAAUAUGGAAUCGAGACUAUGCUACUCAAUAUAAAGCCUGUUCAAGUUUUCCACCCGCUUUCCAAUCAAAAGCUUAGAAUUUGGUUUGGAAAACCGGAAAUAUUUCCACCGCAAACUGAACGUCAGUUAAGGACAAUGAAGGAUGCUUUAUAUCCAUUUGAGUGCAGACAAGCUAAAAUAUCAUAUACUGGGACGUUCAUGAUGGACAUCUGCUUUCAAUAUGGUGAUGGAGCUGUCAUACGAGAAAAAUUCAAUUUUGGGCAGUUCCCGAUUAUGUUGAAGUCAAAACUUUGUUACCUGAGGAAUCUUCCUCCCAAAAAACUAGUUUCUCUCAAAGAGGAGCAGUCAGAAAUGGGUGGAUACUUCAUUUUGAAUGGGCUUGAAAGAGUUGUUCGACUUCUGAUUUUGCCAAAGCGAAACUAUCCUACGAGUAUGGUACGAAAUUCAUUUCGUGAACGGCGAGAAGGAUACACUGAUAAAGCUGUUGUCAUAAGAUGUGUUAGAGAGGACCAAUCAGCAGUGUCACUGAGACUUUAUUAUCUUAGUAACGGAAGUGCCAGACUUGCCUUCUGGAUACAAGGAAGGGAAUACAUGCUUCCUGUUGGUGUUAUGCUAAAGGCAUUAGCUGACACCACAGACCAUGAAAUCUUUGCGUGCUUGACGUCUUGUUAUGAUGAUAAUUACGAUUGCGUAAAAGGCUCUGUUGGCUCCCAGCUUGUUGGAGAACGAGCAAAAAUUAUUCUUGAUGAGGUUCAGGACCUGUCUCUUUUUACUCAUAAACAGUGCCUGCAACACAUCGGGGAACACUUUCAACCUGUUAUGAUUGGACUGGAGAAUGAAAGUCCCUCUGUUGUUGCUGCUGCUGUUUUGAAGGACUACAUAUUUGUUCAUCUUGAUAACAAUCAUGACAAAUUCAACUUGCUCAUAUUUAUGGUGCAGAAGCUUUUUUCUCUGGUAGAUCAUACUUCUAUGCCAGACAAUCCAGAUUCUUUGCAAAAUCAUGAAGUUUUGUUGCCUGGUCACUUGAUCACCAUUUACCUCAAG